CUCAUGGAAAACAGUACAGAGGUGAUUGAGUUCAUUCUUGUGGGCUUAACCAAUGACCCGAAACUGCAGAUUCCUCUCUUCUUAAUUUUCUCCCUCAUCUACCUCACCACUCUGGCUGGGAACCUUGGCAUGAUGAUACUGAUUCUCUUGGACUCCCAUCUCCACACUCCCAUGUACUUCUUCCUCAGUAACCUGUCUCUGGUGGACUUUGGUUACUCUACAGCUGUCACUCCCAAGGUCAUGGCUGGAUUACUUAUAGGAGACAAGGUCAUCUCAUACAAUGCUUGUGUCACCCAGUUCUUUUUUCUUGUAGCCUUUAUCACUGUAGAAAGUUUCCUCUUGGCCUCAAUGGCCUAUGACCGCUAUGCAGCAGUGUGCAAACCCCUCUAUUACAUCACCAUGACAACAGGGGUGUGUGCUCGUCUGGUCAUGGGCUGCUACGUCUGCGGCUUCCUGAAUGCCUCCAUCCACACUGGGAAUAUUUUCAGGCUCUCCUUUUGUAGAGUUGAUGUGGUUGAUCACUUCUUCUGUGAUGCUCCUCCUCUCCUGGCUCUCUCAUGUUCAGACAACUACAUCAGUGAGAUGGUUAUAUUUUUGGUGGUGGGCUUCAAUGUCCUCUUUUCUGUCUUGGUCAUCUUGAUCUCCUACCUGUUUAUAUUUAUCACUAUUCUGAGGAUGCACUCAUCUGAAGGACGCCAGAAGGCCUUUUCCACCUGUUCCUCCCACCUCACUACAGUGUUCAUCUUCUAUGGGACAGGCACCUUCAUGUACUUACAGCCCAGCUCCAGCCAUUCCAUGGACACGGACAAAGUGGCAUCCACAUUCUAUACCAUGGUUAUCCCCAUGUUAAACCCAGUGGUCUAUAGCCUGAGGAACAAAGAGGUCAAGAGUGCCUUUAAAAAGGCUGUGGAGAAGGUGAAAUCUUCUAUAGGAUUCAUAUUUUAA